UCUUGAUGGAUUUCUUGGUCGAUUGUAUUGAUUUAGGUGGUACUUUAUCUAUACUUGCUCUUAAUGGAUUAUUCACUUUGAUGUCUAAACAUAAUUUAGACUAUCCAGCUUUUUAUACUCGUUUGUAUGCUUUAUUGGAUGGCUCAGUUUUACAUGCCAGACACCGACCUAGGUUUUUUCGAAUGCUCAAUACGUUUUUAUCUUCAACACAUUUACCUGUGAAUAUUGUGGCUUCAUUUAUCAAGAAAUUAGCUAGACUAAGUCUUUUUGCUCCACCUGGUGCUAUUAUUACGAUGAUUCCAUUUUGUUAUAAUUUGAUUAAACAACAUCCUAGUUGUAUGUCAAUGUUACAUCGACAAGAUGCGUCUACUUCAGUGAGCGCAGAAAACGAUGAUCCAUUUGAUAUAAAUGAACUUGAUCCAUUAAGAUCAGGUGCAAUCUUUAGUUCAUUAUGGGAAUUAUCGAGUUUAAGAUCUCAUUAUUUAUCUAGUAUUUCGACUUUAUCCAAAGUCUUUUCUGAAGCGUUUGAUAAACCAAACUAUGAUUUAGAAGAUUUUUUAGAUCAUACUUAUAAAACUUUGUUUGAUACUGAACUUAAUCGACAAAUUAGAAAACCACCUGCAUUAAGUUUAUUUGCUACUUCAUUUAAACCUUCUAAGACUUUAGAUGGUUUAGAAGUUGAUGAUAUUGUUUCACAGAUUUGGAAGUUUUGAAAGCUUUGGUUUGGUUUGG